GUGAGCUUGAGGCAGAAGGACAACCCUCUGAUCAAAGAGCUGCGUAACGUACCUUUUCAGCUCGUGAGCGAUGUAACGCCAGACUUUAUCAUGGGCAAGACAACAUGCGCGCUCUUUUUGAGUCUUCGCUACCACAAUCUCCACCCCGAAUAUAUCCACGCCCGGAUCCGAGAGGUGGGCCGUCUCUAUGCGUUGCGCGUUCUGCUGGUGCAGGUGGAUGUUCGUCAUGCUCAAAGCGUCAUUAGCGACUUGGCCAAGCUCUGCGUGAUGCACGACUAUACGCUGAUCGUGGCCGGCUCCAUUCGCGAGGCGGCUCGCUACCUGGAGCUCUAUAAAUCAUUUGAGAACAAAUCAGCCGAGCUGCUUCAAGGCGAAAAGCCUGCCGAUUAUCUCGCCCAGCUUGUGACAACGCUCACCACUUUCAAAACCAUCAACAAGACGGAUGCUGUUACGCUCUUGUCUACGUUUAGUAGCCUCGCGCGCAUUGCCAAGGCCAGUAAGAAUGAAUUGGCCGCAUGUCCAGGACUUGGAGACAAAAAGGUCCAGCACCUCUCCGCCAUUCUAGACCGCCCGUUUUUGAAA